CUCAUACUCCGUGAAUUUUAUUUUAUUCCCUCCUAGCAUAAGAACAUACAUACAAUUACGAUUGGUUAACAAUCAAGAACAAAAUCAAAUGUUGGUGUUGAUAUUAAGCAAGGAAUGGAGUGAAGAUUUGUGUUCGUAUAGAACACCGGAAGGAAAGACAUUAGAGAUAUAUGGAGGCCGGCCGCUACAAAUCUGGAAGAUCGAAGAGGUUUGCUACGGCCAUGGGAUGGAAAACGAUUUUGUGUCGUGCCAAUCAUGUAUUGUUCGGGGCCUAUGGGCGGAAUCUUAUAAACUCACAGAAUUGCUACAGUAAUCGGAUGAACGGGGAGAGCUCCGGUGAUGUUGGAUACAUGGGGAGACAACAAUGAAGGUGUAGACCAAGAAGCUUUGAAUGACUUGAGUGGAUCUUCCUUUCUUGAUUUUUUGGUGUUUUUUCGAAAUUAAAAGGGUUGUCUGUUUGACAGACAACUUGUAAGUGCAGUAUCUGUCUGUCUGUAAUUGAUGGUUAAUUGUUUUUCAUUUAAUUUGAGUUGUCUGUAUUUGUUUUGAGUUGUCUGUAUGUAAUUUGUGAUGUUUAUUUUUUGAGAUGUAAUUAGUAUAACGAGACAGACAUUAAAUAUACACAUACAGACAUAAGUACACACAUACAGACAUUAGUUUAUUGUGAAUUACCAUUUUGACAUAUGUUUCAUAAAAAAGACAGACAAUACAUAUAACUAGACAGACAAUAAAGAUAACAAGACAGACAUUAUUUUUCACCACAAAUUACUUACAACUCACAAUGAAAUGACAAACAACUAAAUAUGAGUUACAGACAACUUCACGACUUUUACAGACACCUCACAACAACAUGGCAGACAAGUCAUUACAGACAACUCAAAACAAAUACAGACAACUAAUAAACAAUUAAAUAUCAAUUACAGACAUUUAUUUUUCAAAGGACAGACAACUUCACGACUCUUACAGACACUGCACUUUCAAGUUGUCUGGCAGACAGACAACCCCUUUUAUUUCCAAAAUACAUAAAAAAUCAAGAAAACAAAAUCAAGAAAAGAAGAUAUGUUGCUCAAGUUAUUCAAAGCCUCUUGGUAUGUCUUCGUUGUUGUCUUCCCUUGAGGUUGCAUCCGAAAUGGCAACCGACAUAGGUCCGCCGUCGGCAACCGGCGUAGGGCCGCCGUCGGCAAGGUCACCGGUGGAAGAGGGGAUAAGCAGGAGAAGAUCGGAGGUUGGAGGGGAGGUGAUGAUAAAAAUGGGAAGUUUUAAAGAAGGAGAAAGAUAUUGAAAUGGAGAAGAAAGGGGAAGGGAGGGGGGGUGCGUGAAAAAGAGGAGAGGGAGGGAGGAAGAGAGGUGGGGGUGCA